AUGUGCGGCAAGUGCCAGUUUAGUUUUACCCUUCGAACGAGUUUGACGAAGUUGCGACGGUUUAAGAAACCUUGUGCAAAAUAAAACAAGGAUAUAUUAAGUGCAAAUAUUUUUUCUAUUUCGCGAAAAUACUUCGUUAAAAGUUACAUUUAAAAACGUUUUGAAAAUGUACAAGUUUUUGCAAUACGCAGCAAUCGUGAGCUUAUUCUGCCUCUUCGGCAGCAACGUCGUUGUGGCACAGAAUGCUCCACCAAGUCUGACUCAGUGCCUAAAUGCGAGCAGUUUAACGAAUCUUACUAGCGCUUUUGAAGGCCAAUGGUACGAGGCGCUCCGCAGCCCAGCAAGCCAAUCGAGCUGCGUGGGUCUUGACAUUUAUUCGAACGCGACGGGCAUAUAUCUCAACCUCACCACACCGGAAGAUUCGCAUGCGUUGUACUUAAAUCAGACCUCAACCUAUACACUAACACCAGUUGGUGAAGCCAAUUCGAGCAUCUCGGCAAAUGUCACCUCACCUGCGGGCGGUUACAGCUACCCAACAGGCAAUAACGUAAAUGUGACAAUUAAAAUACUGCAAACCGAUAGCGCAAACUACGCCGUUCUCUGUGGCAUCAGCUCCAAGUCGAACAGCUCAUUUGGCCUUGUGCUCACACGCCAACGCGUGGUGACAAAUGCCUCAUUGGCAUCGUAUGUUGGACAAGUCAAUAGCACCUAUGCUGGUUUCGCCAAUUUGUCGACUGUGAAUCAGGGUCCUGUUUGCUAUCAAAACUCAGCUGCCACUCAUGCCUCGGCCUUAUCGUUGGUCUUCGCAGUUAUAUACGCCGCCAUUAAGUUUACUAAUUAAGUGUGAAGUUAUGUUUAUUUAAUAUUUUAGCUUAUUAAAUUCCAUUACUCAAUUUAAAUUAUAUACGUACUUAUGCUAUUGCUUCCACACACAAGUGUACAUAUUUUUGUCAUUACUGUAAAUCACAAAACCCGAGUAAAAUUGUGAUCACACACAAAAAAUAAAUAACGGUAUAUGAAAUUGGCUUAAAAGAACAAAUACAACAAUAGAAAAUAUUCCAGCGUUAUUCCA